UUUAAUUUAUGCACAGUCGGCCCGGUCGUCUUGCUUCAACGCAUAAUGUCCAGGAUUCGUUCUCUUGCGCUCGGACCACUAGAUGGACGCGGUUCUACGAAACAUCUCUCGCACCCCAGGACCGGUGUACACAUACAAUUACUUCAUUUAUCGGGAUCCGACCACUGGAUUGUGGUGGCUAGAGCUUGGGGACGACUACACGGUGGUUGGAUUCUGGCCGAAAGUAAUAUUCUCCGGCGGUGGCUUGCAAGACUUGGCCACUUACAUCGAAUGGGGCGGCCAAGUGUACAGUCCGCCGGACAUCCCCAGCCCGCCCAUGGGACGCGGCGCCCUGCCGCUGCCCAACAUCCUGUACGACGCCUCCUGUCAGGACAUGACUACCAUCAACGAGAACCACGACACGGAGGCCGCCGGAGGUACCCAAACGUAUGCGGACCAGGACAAGUACUACCGGGCCAAGGACAUGGGCUGUCAGAAAGCCCCGCUCAACCGCACCAUGGCUUUCGGCGGGCCCGGCGGGGCCACCGGCUGGGCCCGGCGGGGCCACCGGCUGGGCCUAACGGGACCCGAUUGGUUGAGACAUCACUCUGAAAUUUCAUAUUGGUGCUCCAUCGUGCAACGUCAUGUCCAGUACUAA